CACCAGCUCGACAGCGGUUCAGGUUUAAUGUUUGAGCUUUUACUCCCGCCCUCGGUUCUCAACACACACCGUUGGCCAAUAACCGCGCUUGUGUGGAACUGAGCGUCCAGCCAUUUUACACCAGGUAUCAUUUCCUGUUGUUUUCCGCUCAAAGUCCAUCUGCGCGACCAGAGCAACAAGCUGGGGUCAAACUGUUUUCUCCCAUUACAUGCCUCCUAAGGACUGCAUGCUUUUUUCUUUCUAAAUGAAUCACCAAAAUCAGUCAGCAGUAUGAAAAGCUGGGGCAGCAAACUCAAGAGACAAGACACUGGCAGUGUGGUCGAGUCCUCCUCUAGCAAGACAAACUCCUGUACUGGCCCACCAGUGCCUGUGUGGGUUGCUCACACACCCGUACCAGAUAACAUUACAGAUGAUGGUGGUACUAAUUCCACAGGCUUACCUUCCAGCACUCCACCGUACGCCGAGAAGGAGGAAAAUAAAGGUAGCCUGAAGGAUAGACUGAAAACCUUCAUCCCUCAAUCAUGGGAAGGCAUCGUCCAUAAAUGGACAAAGAAGAGUGACAGUUUGAAUGGGUCUGAAGCUGGCACCAGUGGCAUCCAGAUCCUUCCCAAUGGGACCAGGGUGAGUCCUCCUGUGAGUCCCCUGCAGGAGCGUAGAAAUUGGGGUGACUCACUCAACUCCAGCCAGAACUCCCGUAAGCCUUUGUUAAGGGAGAGCCCCUGUGAUGACCUCUUGUAUCAGAGCCCACGAGAGGAAUCUCUCCUGACCAGUAUCCACCCUGCAGAGUACUACGCUGAGAAGCUGGAGGUGUAUAACCUGAAGUACUCUUAUUUGAAAUCCUGGCCAGGGUUGCUCAGACUGCUGGCGGGGCUUCAGCUCCUUUUUGGUGGCAUGGUCUUUGCGUGCGUCAUCGCGUACAUCCAGAAGGACAGCGAGUGGUCCAACAGCUACGGACUCUACAACGGUGCAUAUAACAACGGGCAAGGCGUGUCUGGAUACAGCUACCGAGGCCCCAUGACUCCAUUUGUACUGGCGGUAGCAGGAGUCUGCUGGAUUAUAACCUUGACGCUUUUAGUGAUGGGACUGACGAUGUACUAUCGCACCAUCCUCCUCGACGCGGCCUGGUGGCCACUGACGGAGGCCUUCAUCAACGUGACGUUGUUCCUGCUCUACAUGGCGGCCGGGAUCGUCUACCUGAACGACUUGAACCGCGGUGGGCUGUGCUACACGACAAUAGGAGUUAAUCCCAUCAUGGCCAAUCUGUGCCGGGUUGAUGGGGGACAGAUGGCGGGAACGGCUUUCAUCUUCAUCAACAUGUCGAUGUAUCUGGGCAGCUUCCUGGUGUGUCUGAAGAUGUGGAGGCAUGAAGCUGCACGGAUGGAGAGAGAGCACUUUGAGAGCAAGCCCCAGGAGAGGUUACACCAGUCCAUCCCGUUAACCCAUCUCAAAACCAAGCACAUUUCAUUCAAGGAUGAAAAAGGUACCUCUAUGAGUAAAGAUGAUCUAAAUCGAAAUGUCGUCAUCUCUGAUGUCUACAAGAACCCAGUCAGUGUCAACAGAGCCGCAGCGUCUGUAUGCACCCCCAAAGUACACAUCAUCGCCGACUACGUCAUCAAGUAUCCAGUGAUCAGCUGUGUGGAAGAAAGGGAAACAUAUAAAGCAGUUUUUAACGACCAGUAUCAGGAAUACAAGGACCUCCACAGAGACAUCGGCACCACCCUCGAUAAGUUCAGAGAGCUGGAUGCCAUGAUGGCACGACUCCUCAGAGAGAGAAAAACCCAAGAGGACCAGCAGAGGAUUCAAAGCAUUUUGAAGAAGUAUCAGCGGAAAAAGAAUGAACCCGGCUUCUUAGAGAAAAAAGAACGCUGUGACUAUUUAAAAGCUAAAUUAAGCCACAUCAAAAACAGGAUACGCACUUUUGACCAGGAAGCCAUGGAAAACGGCCGGCCAUGAAGAAGAACAGAGAGAAAUCCCUGCUGAGCGGGCAAAACAAACAUUGAUUUAUUGUUGCCAUUUACUCUUUUUAUAGGCACCAAUUUAACGUGACACCUGGUUUAUAACAUACAUUUUUCACUCCUUUUUUAUAACAAGUCAUCACACGUUUUCUUGUAAUAAUUUUGUCAUUUAUGUCUCUGUGGAGAAACAAGAAUUGAUUUGUAUAUUUUGAAACAGUUUCGGUUGUGAUUGGAAUUUUUACAGAAAAAGGUUUGUGUGAUGAAGGUUUUUUCUUUACUAACACGUGUUACUGUUUCAUAUUUUCACUGCCGUUUUGUGUGCCGUGUAAACGGUUAGUUUAUCUAACUGUGGUCUGCUUUGCUUUGCUCCUGCCUCUCAACUGUUGAUGAUUUUCAGUGUCUUCAGCUUUGUUACAUAUUACACGGCCAUUUUGAUAGCAGAGAAAAGUUGUUUUGAUGAUACGAAGAAAACAUUCCAUUUGGAUCUGGAGUCGACUACUAUCAGGUUGAGCUCUCUGGCUGACAUUUUCUAAAUAAAUAUCUUGUCAUUUUUCUAUUUGUGACUUGUCUUAUUCUCUUGAAAUACAUGUUUCUAUUUUUGCAUA